UGUUAAGUCUUAAACAACACAAGAAAUACGCGUAACCUUAUUCUUUUCUUCGUUGAUUUGAAUUGAAUUGUCUUCUGAAAUAUAUUAUAAAUUUAUAUAUAUCAAUAAUAAUAAAUAACAGUAAUAAUUCAGAUCUAGUAGUGUAAUUAGCGGUGGUGAAAUUAGGGUUUUAAGAACAUGCCGAGAGUGAAUGAUAACUGGGAUAGGUUAGUGAGAGCGACGCUCCGGCGAGAACAGCUCCGUUUAACCGGACAAAGUCAUGAGAGAGUUGCUGGUGGACUUGCCAGUGCUGUUCCUGAUUCGUUGCAACGGACGACCAAUAUUAAUGCCAUCUUACAAGCUGCUGAUGAGAUUCAAGCUGAAGAUGCUCAUGUUGCUAGGAUUUUGUGUGAGCAGGCAUAUUCCAUGGCUCAAAAUCUGGACCCCAAUAGUGAAGGAAGAGGAGUUCUUCAGUUCAAGACUGGUUUAAUGUCUGUGAUCAAGCAAAAACUAGCUAAAAAGGAUGGAGGGAGAAUAGACCGUAACCGUGAUGCUCAAUACCUGUGGGAUUUUUAUCAGCGUUACAAGCGAGUACACAGAGUUGAUGAAAUCCAAAGAGAAAAACAGAAAAUGCUGGAUUCUGGAACUUUCAGUGCGGAUAUGGGAGGCUUGGGGUUGAGAUCUGAAGAAACUAAAAAGGUACUUACCACACUGAGAGCCCUUGUGGAGGUAAUGGAGGCUCUUAGCAAAGACAUUCCUCCCGAUGGAGUUGGAAGAUUAAUUAUAGAAGAGGUAAAAAGGUUGAAGAAAGUAGACAAAGGAUUGUCUGAGGAUUUAAUACCUUACAACAUCGUUCCUCUAGAAGCACCAUCUCUGACAAAUGCGAUUGGGUUCUAUCCAGAAGUUAGAGGUGCAGUAUCAGCACUUAGAUAUAACGAGCAAUUUCCCAGGCUUCCAGCUGAUUUUGAGGUUCCUGCACAACGUAGCUUAGACAUGUUUGAUUUACUGGAAUUUGUGUUUGGUUUUCAGAAAGACAACAUCAGGAAUCAGCGUGAGAAUGUUGUUCUAUCUCUAGCAAAUGCACAAUCUCGACUUGGCAUACCUGUUGAAGCUGAUCCAAAAAUAGAUGAGAGAGCUGUCACAGAAGUUUUUCUGAAGGUGCUGGAUAAUUAUAUCAAAUGGUGCAAGUAUCUGCGUAAACGUGUUGUCUGGAAUAGUAUACAAGCCAUUAAUAAGGACAGGAAGCUUUUCUUGGUUUCAUUAUACUUUUUAAUCUGGGGUGAAGCUGCAAAUGUGCGGUUUCUUCCAGAAUGUAUUUGUUACAUAUUCCACCAUAUGGCCAGGGAGUUAGAUGCAACUUUAGAUCAUGGAGAAGCCAGCCCUGCUGCUAGUUGUAUUGAUGAAUCUGGUUCAGUGUCAUUUUUGACAAAAGUCAUUCAACCAAUAUACAACACACUGUCAAAGGAAGCUGAAAGAAACAAUAAUGGGAAAGCUGCCCACUCGGCAUGGCGCAAUUAUGAUGAUUUCAAUGAAUAUUUCUGGUCACCUGCCUGCUUCGAGCUGAGCUGGCCUAUGAGGGAGGAGUCACCAUUUCUUCGUUUGCCCAAAAAUACAAAAAGGACUGGGAAAAGCACUUUCGUUGAGCAUCGAACGUUUCUCCACUUGUAUCGUAGUUUUCAUCGUAUGUGGAUAUUUUUAAUUGUCAUGUUCCAGGGAUUGACAAUCAUAGCAUUCAAUGAUGGCAAGUUAAACCUUGAUACUUUCAAAACACUGCUAAGCAUUGGUCCAACCUAUGCUAUCUUGGAAUUUAUAGAAUGCUCACUGGAUGUACUCUUAAUGUUUGGGGCUUACAGCACAGCAAGAGGGAUGGCUAUCUCAAGGCUGAUUAUUAGGCUCUUCUGGGGUGCCUUGAGCUCAGUUUUUAUAACCUAUGUAUAUGUAAAACUUAUGGAGGAAAGAAAAGACAAUACCUCAAGUUCUAUGUAUUUUCGAAUAUAUUUGCUUGUGGUGGGUAUAUAUGCUGCUAUCCGCGUAAUUUUCGCAUUAUUACUAAAAAUCCCAGCCUGUCAUUCUUUGUCUGAAAUGUCCGAUCAACCGUUCUUUCAAUUUUUUAAAUGGAUUUAUGAGGAGCGGUAUUUUGUUGGACGUGGUCUUUACGAGAGACCAAUGGAUUACCUAAGAUAUGUGCUCUACUGGCUGGUGAUCUUUGCUUGCAAGUUCACUUUCGCCUAUUUUUUACAGAUUAAACCAUUAGUUGAUCCCACCAACAUUAUCAAGGAUCUUCCCUCACUGCAAUAUUCCUGGCAUGAUUUUGUCUCAAAGAACAAUAAUAAUGUUCUAACUUUAGUUAGUAUAUGGGCUCCUAUAGUGGCUAUUUAUAUCAUGGACAUUCAUAUCUUUUACACUCUUCUAUCCGCAAUCGUUGGUGGUGUAAUGGGUGCACGUGGGCGAUUAGGCGAGAUUCGUUCAAUUGAGAUGGUACAUAAACGGUUUGAAAGCUUCCCAGAGGCCUUUGUUAAGCAACUUGUAUCUUCACAAGCAAAGAGGAUGCCAACCAACGGACAAGCAAUUCAGAGUCCUGAAGAGAAUAAUGACAAGACCUAUGCCGCCCAGUUUUCCCCAUUCUGGAAUGAGAUCAUCAAAAGUCUGCGUGAAGAAGAUUACAUCAGUAAUAGGGAAAUGGACCUGCUUUCUAUGCCAAGCAACACUGGAAGUCUUAGACUAGUUCAGUGGCCAUUGUUUUUGUUAAGCAGCAAGAUAUAUUUGGCGAUUGACUUAGCAAUAGACUGUAAAGAUACUCAAGCAGAUCUUUGGAGUAGAAUUAUCAAGGAUGAAUAUAUGGCAUAUGCUGUACAGGAGUGCUACUACAGUAUUGAAAAAGUUCUACUUUCUUUAGUCGACGGAGAAGGAAAGCUCUGGGUUGAAAGGAUUUUCCGUGAGAUCAACAAUAGUAUGAUGGAAAAUUCGCUUGUCAUGACUUUACAUCUUAAAAAGCUUCCUCUAGUGUUAUCAAGAUUUAGUGCGCUGACUGGUCUUCUGAUCAUGGACGAAACACCUCAACUAAAAAAGGGGGCCGCUAAAGCUAUAUAUGAGUUAUAUGAGGUGGUUGCUCAAGAUCUUUUGUCUGAUGAUCUAAGUGAUCAGAUUGAGACAUGGAAUAUCGUGGCAAGGGCAAGAAAUGAAGGACGCCUAUUUUCUGAUAUCAGAUGGCCUAGAGAUCCUGAUAUUAAGGAGCAGGUGAAGCGAUUGCAUCUGCUUCUAAAAGUAAAGGAUUCAGCUGCUAAUGUCCCUAAGAAUCUUGAAGCAAGAAGAAGAUUAGAGUUCUUUACAAAUUCUCUCUUUAUGCAUAUGCCUCAAGCAAAACCAGUUAGUGAAAUGAUGUCAUUCUGCGUCUUCACCCCAUACUACAGUGAGACUGUACUUUAUAGUUCCCAUGACUUAUGGGAAGAAAAUGAGGAUGGAAUAUCAACGAUCUUUUAUCUACAGAAGAUUUUUCCUGAUGAGUGGGAAAAUUUUCUGGAACGAAUUGGGCGUGGUAACGCUGGAGAUGUGGAUAUCCAAGAUAGUCCUACUGAUGCAUUGGAGCUUCGGUUUUGGGUAUCUUAUCGAGGGCAGACCCUAGCUAGGACUGUGCGUGGUAUGAUGUAUUACAGGAGGGCUUUGAUGCUUCAAAGUUAUUUGGAGAGCAGAUCAUUAGGAGGUACUUUUUUAUUGGGUUCUAUGGCUGAUAUGAUUAGGAUGCUUAGGAAAGGCCACUCAAGUUAUAGUUUUACUUAUUUUACAGUUGGGAAUCCUCAAGCCUCCCUUUCUCCUCAAGGCUUUGAAUUGUCACGUGAAGCUCGAGCUCAGGCAGAUAUAAAAUUCACAUACGUUGUUUCAUGUCAAAUCUAUGGACAACAAAAGCAACGGAAAGAAAAAGAGGCUGCUGAUAUUGCUCUUUUGCUUCAAAGGAAUGAGGCACUUCGAGUUGCUUUCAUACAUGUGGAAGAGAGUGCCGGACUUGAUGGAAAGAUUGUUAAAUCGUUCUAUUCGAAGCUUGUGAAAGCUGAUAUACAAGGAAAAGACCAGGAAAUAUAUUCCAUUAAACUUCCCGGAGAUCCGAAACUUGGAGAAGGAAAGCCCGAGAAUCAGAACCAUGCGAUAGUUUUCACUCGUGGAGAAGCAGUCCAAACAAUUGACAUGAACCAGGACAAUUACCUUGAAGAGGCAAUGAAAAUGAGGAACCUUCUUGAGGAGUUCAGAGGGAAUCACGGCUUACGCCCUCCAACUAUUCUUGGUGUUAGAGAACACGUGUUUACCGGAAGUGUCUCCUCUCUGGCGUGGUUUAUGUCCAAUCAAGAGACAAGCUUUGUAACAUUGGGACAACGCGUUUUAGCAUACCCUCUCAAAGUGCGGAUGCAUUAUGGACAUCCUGAUGUUUUUGACCGAAUAUUUCAUAUAUCUCGGGGUGGAAUAAGUAAGGCAUCACGUGUUAUUAAUAUUAGUGAAGAUAUAUACGCAGGGUUUAAUUCCACUUUGAGGCAGGGCAACAUCACUCACCAUGAAUAUAUUCAGGUGGGUAAAGGGAGAGACGUUGGGUUAAACCAAAUCGCCCUGUUCGAAGGCAAAGUUGCUGGUGGAAAUGGAGAGCAAGUCUUAAGUAGGGACGUUUAUAGAGUUGGUCAACUCUUUGAUUUUUUUAGAAUGCUUUCUUUCUACUUCACCACCGUUGGCUACUACGUAUGCACGAUGAUGACAGUUCUUACCGUAUAUAUAUUCUUGUACGGGAGGGCAUAUUUGGCUUUCUCAGGACUUGAUCAGGGAAUCAGUCGUAGGUCAAUGCUGCUUGGUAAUACUGCGUUCAAUGCAGUAUUAAAUGCUCAAUUUUUGGUUCAGAUUGGAAUAUUUACCGCUGUUCCAAUGAUUAUGGGUUUUAUACUCGAACUUGGAUUACUGAAGGCCAUUUUCAGUUUUAUUACGAUGCAGCUUCAGCUAUGCUCUGUAUUCUUCACCUUCUCAUUGGGUACCAGAACUCAUUAUUUUGGGCGAACAUUAUUACACGGUGGUGCUAAGUACCGGGCGACUGGUAGAGGUUUUGUCGUGCAACAUAUCAAAUUUGCUGAUAACUACAGGCUCUACUCAAGAAGUCAUUUUGUGAAGGCCCUGGAAGUUGCAUUGCUUCUUAUCGUCUAUAUUGCCUAUGGCUACACUCAAGGUGGGGCUGUUUCAUACAUUUUGCUGACGUUGAGCAGUUGGUUCCUAACCAUAUCGUGGUUGUUUGCUCCCUAUAUAUUCAACCCGUCGGGCUUCGAGUGGCAAAAGACGGUGGAAGAUUUUGAUGACUGGAUUAAUUGGCUUUUCUAUAAAGGUGGAGUUGGGGUCAAAGGUGACAACAGCUGGGAAUCCUGGUGGGAUGAAGAACAGGCACACAUCCAGACACUCAGAGGCCGGAUACUUGAAACUAUCUUGAGUUUGAGGUUUUUUUUAUUUCAAUACGGGAUAGUUUACAAGCUUGAGCUCACGGGAAAGGAUACAUCAUUAGCGCUAUAUGGCUUCUCAUGGGUGGUGUUAGCCGCAUUUGUCAUGAUAUUCAAGAUUUUCACCUUUAGCUCGAAGACGUCCGGAUUCCAGCUGAUCAUACGAUUAAUGCAAGGAGUUACAGCUUUGGGUCUUAUUGCUGCCCUUAUUCUCGUUGUCAUCUUUACAGGACUAUCUGUUUCUGACUUGUUUGCCAGCUUCCUUGCGUUUGUUGCCACGGGUUGGGCCAUCAUUUGUUUGGCGGUUGCAUGGAAAAGAAUUGUGAGGAGAUUAGGAUUAUGGGAUUCAGUAAGAGAAUUUGCAAGAAUGUAUGAUGCUGGAAUGGGUAUGAUCAUUUUUGCACCUAUAGCGAUGUUAUCAUGGUUCCCAUUUGUUUCCACGUUCCAGUCUCGACUCCUCUUUAAUCAAGCAUUCAGUCGUGGGCUCGAGAUUUCUCUUAUCCUUGCUGGAAACAAAGCUAAUGUUCAGGCAUAAAUCUACCCAAAAUGCGUACAUGUAUCUAACCCUGUAGAGACUCUGUUUAGCUUUUCUAUGCAAUUUUGUAAUCUUUUUGUACCUUAGUGUACAUGAGAUGAGGCGAUGUUUGAAUGGGUCCUUGUGAAUAUUUUUAGAUGUAAGGCUUUGCUUCUUUUAAGCGUUUUUGUUCUACUCGUGGAAUUUGGUGCUCAGUGGUUACGAGAAACAAGAGGGAAGAGCUGUACAAUUACAUAAAAAAUUUAAGAGCUUAGAGUUGUUUUAAACUCUAAACUUGAUUUUUUCUGUU